AGCUAAGCUAAGCAUGCUGUUUGCUUAGUGCACCCCACUGAUACUCCAUGCUUACAUGCUCUCCACUGAAACAACAACUUAUUCCAGCACUCUCACUCCAGGCCUUUUCUUCAUUCAACAAAAUUUCUCAUCUUCUCCAGCAUGCCAAUGAUUCAUCCACUGUUCAUUCUUCUUGUGUUUCUUUCUUCUUCUGUAAAAACUGAGUGUUCAUUGUCUGAUGCUGACAAGAUCACACAGUUGCCAGGCCAACCUCAAGUGGGCUUUCAGCAAUUCUCAGGCUAUGUUACUGUAGAUAAUAACAAGAAAGAAAGAGCUCUUUUUUACUACUUUGUUGAAGCAGAGAUUGAUCCUGCUUCCAAGCCUUUGGUUCUUUGGUUAAAUGGAGGGCCUGGUUGUUCUUCUCUGGGUGUUGGAGCAUUUUCUGAGAAUGGACCUUUUAGACCAAAUGGUGAUAUCUUGGUUAAGAAUGAUUACAGCUGGAAUUCAGAGGCAAAUGUGCUGUACUUAGAGACUCCAGCAGGGGUCGGGUUUUCGUAUUCAACUGAUUCAUCUACAACCACAAUGAAUGAUGAGAUAACAGCCAGGGAUAAUCUUGUGUUUCUGAAACGCUGGUUCUUGAAGUUUCCUCAGUACAGGCAGAGAGAGUUGUUUAUAACAGGAGAAAGCUAUGCAGGUCACUAUAUUCCUCAGCUUGCACAUCUCAUGAUUCAAUCCAAUAAAAAGCAAAAGAUUUUCAAUUUGAAAGGAAUUGCGCUGGGUAAUCCAGUUUUAGAAUACGCGACAGACUUCAAUUCAAGGGCUGAAUUCUUCUGGUCUCAUGGACUAAUAUCAGAUUCAACAUACAAUAUCUUUACAUCUGUAUGUAACUAUUCUCGCUACGUGAGUGAAUAUUAUAGAGAUUCAGUUUCAUCGUUGUGUUCGAGGGUGAUGGGGGAAGUAACCAAAGAAACUAGUAGGUUUGUGGACAAAUAUGAUGUUACACUUGAUGUCUGCAUUUCAUCAGUGUUUGCUCAGUCUAAGGUUAUUAGCCCUCAGCAAGUCAGUAGGAGAAUUGAUGUAUGCUUGGAAGACGAAACUGUUAAUUAUUUAAACCGGAAAGAUGUCCAGAAGGCACUUCAUGCUCGGCUUGUUGGAGUGCGUAAAUGGGAUGUUUGCAGUAGCAUUCUUGAUUAUGAGGUGCUCAACAUUGAGAUACCUACAAUCUCACUAGUUGGAUCACUCGUCGAGGAAGGAAUUCCUGUUCUGGUUUACAGUGGAGAUCAGGAUUCUGUCAUUCCAUUGACUGGAAGCCGAACCUUGGUUUGUGGGCUGGCUAAACGAUUAGGACUCAACACAACUGUACCUUACAGAGUUUGGUUCCAAGGGCAGCAGGUUGGUGGAUGGACUCAAGUGUAUGGCAACAUUCUAUCAUUUGCGACCAUAAGAGGAGCUUCUCAUGAAGUUCCUUUUUCACAGCCAGAGCGAUCUCUGGUUCUAUUUAAAGCGUUUCUCAAAGGCAGACCUUUACCAGAAAUGUUCUCAUGAUACCCAUAAGAGAGUAAAUAGAUUGAGAUUUAUUGUUGUAAGUAAUCAGUCUUGUGCUUCCCAUAUUCGUUAUGGUGUUUCCCUUGUCGAAGAUUCAAAAUCUUUGUACAAAGACUCGAAAAGUUCCAAGUGAUCAUUCUUCAAAACUGAAAGGACAACUCAUACCCUCUUUACUUUUGUUAAUUAUCAUUGUUAUUUCUUAA